AUAUGUAAAAAAAAAAACCACUCAAAUGUAGUUAUUCUCUCUCUCUCUAUCUAACCUUCAAUGUGUAGGUAUCUCCAUGUUGCAGAUAAAAGCAAGUUUUACUGUGUACGACUGAUCCCAUUCAUCAAUGGCUGCCAACACUCGUUUCUUCCUUUCAAUAACCCUGAGCUUUAUGUUACUGGGGGAGCUGGUUCUUCCAGUGUGUUUGGCAGCCGACUACGUGCCAACUGAUAAGAUUCUGUUGAAUUGUGGAGGCCCCGAAGGGGCGACGGAUCCCGAUGGUCGGAAAUGGAGCACCGACAUCCGGUCUAAGUUCCUGCCCUCCACCUCCGGCAACUCGUCGUCCACCUCUUCCGCCCACGUCCAAAAACCGUCCGUCCCCCAAACUCCUUACAUGUCCGCCCGUACCUUCCAAUCGGACUUCACCUACACUUUCCCCCUCGCUGCACCCGGAAGGAAAUUCCUCCGCCUCCAUUUCUAUCCCGCUACCUAUAACAAUGUCGAUACCACAAACUCAAUGUUCUCCGUAAGUGUUGGACGACAAUACACUCUUCUCCAUAACUUCAGUGCUCUCGGCGACGACUACCUGCUAAAGGAGUUCUCCGUUCACGUCCCGUCCCGGACUCUGAAUGUGACCUUCUCACCAUCCCGAGACUCGUUCGCGUUUGUCAAUGGCAUCGAGGUAAUUUCACAUCCCGACAUUUACAACACCGCCGGAGGGCCUACCGCGAUUGUCGGACAACAACUUGGCACGUUCGUGGUCGACAAUUCUACCGCACUCGAGAAUGUUUACCGCGUGAACGUCGGUGGCAAUGUGGUAUCCCCGUCGAGGGACCCCGGGAUGUUUAGGUGGUGGGACGAAGACACGAAGUACAUAUUUGGGGCGGCGCGUGGGGUCACGGAGGACGCGGGUGAUUAUAAUGUGACGAUCACUUACCCGCGAGGAAUGCCGAGUUACGUGGCUCCCGUGGAUGUGUAUCGGUCCCUUAGAGCAAUGGGUCCGAUUCCGGCCGUGAAUAAGAACUACAAUUUGACAUGGUAUUUCUUGGUUGAUUCAGGGUUCUUCUACCUUGUCAGACUCCACUUCUGUGAGCUCACUGACAUCAUUACCAAGACCAGCCAGAGGGUUUUUACAAUCUACCUCAACAACCAAACUGCUGAGCUUGAAGCUGAUGUCAUUGCUUGGGCGGGCCGGAAUGGGGUCCCGACCUAUAGGGAUUACGUGGUUUCAAUCCCUCGCGGGGAUCCACAAGUUGAUCUUUGGCUUGAAUUGCAUCCCAGACUUGGAUUCAAUUAUGUAGACGCAAUCUUGAAUGGAUUAGAGAUAUUCAAAAUAAAUGAUACUAAGGGAAACCUUGCGGGUCUGAAUCCAAUCCCUAACCUGAAACCACACAAUUCUUUGGAACCAUUCGUUCCAAAGAGUAAUCGCAGAGCAACUAUUGGCGGAGGGGUAGGCGGUGGAAUUGCUGCUUUCCUGCUCGUUAUUGUCUUUGUCAUUUCUUUCUUCUCUUGCAGAAGGGAUGCACAAUCUGCUGCUUUGGCCACGACAAACACGACCGGAAGUUAUGCAUCCCCACUUCCGUCAACCCUCUGCCGGCACUUCUCUUUUGCCGAGAUCAAGGUGGCCACUAAAAACUUUGACGAAUCUCUUCUCCUUGGAGUUGGGGGUUUUGGAAAAGUUUAUAGAGGAGAAAUUGACGGGGGCACAAAAGUUGCUAUUAAGCGCGGUAACCCGCUCUCCGAACAGGGCAUCCAUGAAUUCCAGACAGAAAUCGAAAUGCUUUCUAAACUUCGUCAUCUCCACCUCGUGUCUUUGAUCGGUUACUGUGAGGAGAACUGCGAGAUGAUCCUUGUCUAUGAUUACAUGGCAUUCGGGACCCUUCGUGAGCAUCUCUAUAAGACCCAAAAGCCGCCGCUACCGUGGAAGCAAAGGCUUGCGAUCUGCAUUGGCGCUGCCCGUGGCCUUCACUAUCUCCACACCGGCGCCAAACACACCAUUAUCCACCGCGACGUGAAAACUACCAACAUCCUCUUGGAUGAGAAGUGGGUGGCGAAGGUUUCUGAUUUCGGGUUGUCGAAAACGGGUCCCACUUCGGAUCACACCCACGUGAGUACGGCCGUGAAAGGCAGUUUCGGGUAUCUGGAUCCGGAGUACUUAAGACGACAGCAACUCACCGAAAAAUCUGAUGUGUACUCAUUUGGGGUCGUCCUUUUUGAGAUAUUGUGUGCACGCCCGGCUUUGAACCCUGCCCUACCAAAGGAGCAAGUGAGCUUAGCGGAAUGGGCCGUGCAUUGCCACAAAAAGGGUAUUCUUGACCAGUUCAUAGAUCCUUAUUUGAAGGGCAAGAUAGCACCCGAGUGUUUCAAGAAAUUUGGGGAGACAGCCGUGAAGUGUGUGUGCGAUGUGGGGACAGAUAGGCCAUCAAUGGGAGAUGUGCUUUGGAACCUUGAGUUUGCACUACAACUUCAAGAGAACGCAGAGGAGAGCGGGAAGGGGUUCGGCGUGACGACUGUACUGAUUCCAGAAGCAGUGGCAUAUCAGUGAGUAUAGGCUGUCGGAGUGUUGCCAGUGAGGAAUCAGAAGGUCUGACAUCCAGUGGCGUCUGCUCACAGAUUAUGAACCCAAGGGGCCGUUGAUGAUACGAGUGAUGAGUCCCUUAUCAACCAACUAGCCUAAAUGGAACUUUGUACGAGUAGUGCUCAAUAUAGAAAAAACCUCUUC